UUGUCAUUGUACACAGUGAGGGACCCCUCCCUUCAACAUCCCUCCCACUCUCGAUCACAUCGCCGGAUCGCCACACAUUUUCCAUUUGGGCGUGCGUUCGUGUUCCCGAAUAGAUCCACGUAGGCGAUAUAUCCUUGUUUCCCAACAUCGGGGCUCGAGGCCCGAUUGCCAAGAUGCGUCGCUCCCUGAUUGCGCUGUGCCUGAAUGUGUUCAUCCAUCACGCUGCCACAAACGCAGAUAGCUGGUGCUACACGGGCUGCGAGCACACGCCCGACCACUGGCAAGAUCUGGACGGCUCUUUCUGCGGGGGUCAAAGGCAGUCCCCCGUCAACAUCCUGAGCGGCCACGUCGAGAGGGACGCGACGCUCGGCAGCUUCUCUUUUGUGAACUUCUCUUCUCGGAAUGCCUUCAGGGCCAUCGUCAACACUGGACAUACAGCCAAAUUCUUACUGAAGGACAAUGAGGUGGAACUGAGCGGGGGUGGACUCAAUGGCACCUAUUCCACCAUCCAACUCCAUUUCCACUGGGGCGACACCGAGCACCAUCCCGGCUCAGAGCACGCCAUCGACGGCCACAGACACCCAAUGGAGAUGCACAUUGUGAGUCUGAAGAAAGGUCUGUCAGUAGCGCAAGCCCUGGAAGAUUCAGCCGGCAUCGCCGUUCUUGGCUUCUUCAUCAGGGCGACCGAAGAUGAAAAUUUGUCAAAUCCUUGGAGUGCCUUGACCUCUUACCUUCUGAAAAACACAGGCACCGAAGUCAACGUGACGCACGCCAUCUCCAUCGACGAUCUCAUCGGCGAUGUGAAUCUGACCAAAUACUUCCGCUACAUGGGCUCGCUGACCACGCCCUCCUGUCAUCAAGUGGUAGCCUGGACGGUAUUUCAGGAGCCUAUCAGCGUGAAUAAAAUUCUGCUGCAACAGUUUCCGCUCAAGACGGGCCUCACCAACGUCUACCGCCCGGUGCAAGACCUCCACGGACGCCAAGUGUUUUCUUCCGCCGCUCUUCUUCUCCCACCCAGUCACGUUUGGUGCUACGACGACAACUGCGAGUUCAGUCCUGCCAAGUGGCACCUUCUGCCCAACUCGCACUGCGACGGCGAGCGCCAGUCGCCGGUCAACAUCGAAGCAAAGAAAGCCGUGAAGGACGAGCGCCUCGACGGCUUCGCCUUCACCAAGUUUGACGACAAACAUGUCAUCGAGUACAUCACAAAUACAGGCCAUACAGUCAAGUUUGUACUGAAGGAGGGGGCGAUGGAGGUGUCCGGCGGGGGCCUGGGUCACGUCUACUCCGCUCUCCAGUUCCACUUCCACUGGGGUUCCUCAAACCCCAACUCGGAAGGCUCCGAGCAUACGCUCGAUUCCAAAAGAUUCCCCAUGGAGGUGCACAUAGUGAACAAGAGGAAGGAUUUAACUCUGGAGGAGGCGGUAAACACCACAACUGGCCUGGCGGUGUUGGGAUUCUUUAUUGAGGCUGCAACAAUUCCCAAAAGUCGGGAUGCUGCUGAGCAACAUGAAGAUUCCCAUGACUCCCCUGAUGACUCGUCUGAUGAGUCAAUGACUGGCUCCUGGAAAGCACUCAGCAGCUACCUGGCAGAGAUACAAAGCAUCGGCUCCCGGGUGGAGGUGACGGAGGAGCUGUCUCUCGCCGGGCUGCUCGGCGACGUGGACCUGGCCUCUUACUACCGCUACAACGGCUCCUUAACCACCCCCUCCUGCAACGAAGCGGUGAUCUGGACCGUCUUUAAAGAUUCGAUUAAGGUGGAUCGCAGCCUGCUGACCACGUUCCCGAACCGCAGCGGCUUUGGCGACGUCUUCCGGCCCCCGCAGAGUCUUCGCGGCAGGGAAAUUUACACCACGGCGACGGGCGGCGCCCUCGCACCCGCCAUCUUCUUUCUGGCGCUGGUCCAACUCUGUGGCUUUCUCCUGUGAUUGCAAACUCCCGUGUACUUCCUGAUCGAUAUCCGAUGUAGAGUUUUGCAAGGGUUUUCGCGGAUCGCGGCAGUCAGCGUCAGGAUCGCGGGUGAAUUAUCGGGACUGUUUGUGCCCUUGAUCGGUCAAUCAUAUCAAGACCUGCAAUUGUUACGGACGCUGAUAAAUCUUCUGCAAGGUGUGAGGUGGUGUGGGCCGCAAUUCAUAAAAUCAAAUGCAAUGAUUGAAACAUAGUACAUGGAAUGGCAAAGUAGGGCAACGUUUGGGAUACUUUUCAUACAGUCACCUUUGUCUUUGACUUGCACCGCUUCCGAGAUGUGUUCUCGGUCCAAUCAGAUUUCAGCCUUGCCGUGUCAAUAUCGUCUGCUCGGGACCUUCAGAAUCAAUCGUCAUGCGCAACGUCGCUUAAAAAUUUCUCAGGUCAGCAAAGAAACGCUUUCUAGCUAGCUUUUGGUUGUACUCCCCCUCCUCCCCCGUAAACCGCAUUCUUUUUCGUCCAGGGUGAAUCUCUCCACACGCACGCGCGCGCACACAAAGA